CAGGAAGCUUCCUGGAAGCUCACCUAUGGAGUCCCCAAAUCCUCACGCAUUUAACCCUCCCUCGCUCCCACAGUUGCCUCAGCUUCCACUUUCCUUCAUAGCUGCAUCCUCUCCUGCGGAGAAUUUUCCGUGCAGGUUUCGAUCCGGUUUCCGUGAUGAAGCUCGUCAGAAUCAUCCCCCGGAGGCUGUUCAAAUCGAAGAAAUCGCGAUCGGUUUCCAGAUCGGAAGGCGAUCCGUCGUCGUUUAGCUCUCAAACGACGUCGUCGUCGGCGUCUUCCGAGGACGUCUUCAAAAAGCCUAACGGUUUGUCGACGCCGACGAGCGUCCUUCCGAACGAGGAGUGGUCGGAGGUUUCGGCCGACGCGUACUUCGAGCUGAAACAGGCGUUCGAGAUGAUCGACGGCGACGGCGACGGAAAGAUACGGAAAGAGGAAAUGGAGGCGCUGCUCUGCCGGCUCGGCGCCGAGCCACCGAGCCAGGAGGAGAUGCAGCUUAUGCUCAGCGAAGUCGACCGCGACGGCGACGGUUGCAUCACGUUGGAGGAGUUCUACUCGAUCGGCUCCGCCUUCGCGCCGCCGACGUGCGAUACCGAGCUCAGAGACACGUUCGAUUUCUUCGACUCAGAUCGUGACGGCAGGAUCACGGCGGAGGAGCUUUUCAACGUCUUCCGUACCAUCGGCGACGCCCGGUGCACGUUAGAGGACUGCCGGCGCAUGAUAAAAGGCGUCGACAGUAACGGCGACGGCUUCGUCUGCUUCGACGAUUUCAGCCGUAUGAUGGAUCUUCAGCGAUGAUUAAUUUUCUGUUCAUUAUUAUUUUAAAUUAUUAUAUUAAUAAAAUAAUUGAAAAUUUGCCAUUGGCCAA